GUUCAUCGAAUUCUUUUGAUGUCAUACCAUUUGCACUAGAUCGGGCAUGUUUCUUGAAUAUUUCCUCAAAUUUUGAUAAAACAAACCUUCAAAAAGAAAAUUAUAUCAACACACACAUUUAAUAAAGUGAAUCAACAUAUUGUUAGAGUGACACUUAAAGUUAUAAACAAGUCGAUUUGAAUAUUCAAAUAUUCACUUCAAUUUUGAUUAUUUUUAAGUCCGCCUCACGCCCGUAAGAACCUGGGCUCCGAUACCACAUGUUGGGACUGCGCGUGCCCUCACCCCAACCCCGCAUUAGUAUGAUAUUGUCCGCUCUGGGCCAAGCCCUCACGGAUUUAUCGCACGAGAGGCUUGGUCACAUGCUUGAGAGUUGUCAGAAUAUCCUCCCUGAAGGUGAUAUUCCUUCUCUUUCCAUACAUUCAGAUCAUGGGGGAGAAGAAGGAGAAAAAUGUUGUGGUGAUGAUGUUGCUCGUGAUGGUGAUGUACUUGAGCCACUUCAUAUUGAGCAUGGAGUUCUGCCACAGAGGGUUCCUCAAAUUGGUAUAUUUGAGAGAGAUUGCUACCGGGAAGAAGUGAAGAAGGUGCACCAGAGAGAGUGGGUUCAAGCCAAGCGAGAUGGGGUUAUAUCCUUGCUUGAUGGACAUGGUCUUUCCCUGGUAAAGUUGCAUGGAAGCAAGCGAGCACCCAAGAGCAAUCGGGUGUUCAAGUUGAAGAGAAAAGAGUGUUGCUCACAACCUACGGAUUUGGCGCAGUUGGUUGUGAAAGGUUUGUAUGAUAUUUAUCAUCAUUGAGUUUUACCCCCCAUGUAGGUGUGAGGGGGAGAUUUGUUGGGGUAUCCCUCCUACAUGGAGGAAGGAGUUCCUAAACAAUACAUUUGGUGUUAAAAA